AAAUUUCUCGUUGUUUGUUUCCUCCUAUCCAGAAACAGCGCAAGCCGCUGUAUCUCCUCGUCGGAUAACAAUCCUCCCCGAGGCGGCCAAAAUUCUUCUCCCUCCGUAAAUCUAACCUUAGAAAUCCAUCGAAAGAGUGUAAGAAUUCUUCUCGUCCCGCCCUUGCUUGCCUUUUUCAUCCCGGUUCGAGGAGGUAGGGUUUCGGAAAUUUUUUUCUCGUAACCCUACAGCUUGCGUCUUUAUCUCUCGCGUCCUCCUUCGACCUUCGCCGCCGCGGAAGGUGAUCUAGGUAUCGUAAGCUAGGCUGGAGAUGUCUUCGACCUCGGGGCAGCCGCAGUUCCGGUACACGCAGACGCCGUCGAAGGUGCUCCACCUCCGCAACCUGCCGUGGGAGUGCACGGAGGAGGAGCUUGUCGAGCUGUGCAAGCCAUUCGGUAAGAUUGUCAACACCAAAUGCAACGUCGGCGCCAAUCGCAACCAAGCCUUUGUUGAGUUUAUGGAUCUUAACCAAGCAAUAUCAAUGGUUUCAUAUUAUGCUUCUUCAUCUGAUCCUGCACAAGUUCGUGGCAAAACUGUUUAUAUCCAGUAUUCAAAUAGGCAAGAAAUUACUAAUAAUAAGAGCUCUGGAGAUGUGGCUGGGAAUGUCUUGCUUGUCACUAUUGAAGGUGUUGAAGCUGGCGAUGUUAGCAUAGAUGUCAUUCAUUUGGUGUUCUCUGCCUUCGGAUUUGUGCACAAAAUUGCUACCUUUGAAAAGGCUGCUGGUUUUCAGGCACUAAUUCAGUACACUGAUGCACAAACUGCUUCAACUGCAAGAAAUGCCCUGGAUGGACGUAGUAUUCCAAGAUACUUGCUUCCGGAGCAUGUUACCUCUUGCCACUUGCGUAUCUCAUUUUCUGCACACACAGAUUUAAAUAUCAAGUUUCAAUCACAUCGUAGCAGGGAUUACACAAACCCUUAUCUUCCUGUAAACCCCUCAGCAAUUGAGGGAACUUUACAGCCUACAUUGGGUCUGGAUGGAAAGAAAAAGGAGCCUGAGAGUAAUGUACUUUUAGCUUCUAUUGAGAAUCUGCAAUAUGCUGUGACAGUUGAUGUUCUUCAUAAGGUGUUCUCGACGUUCGGUACUGUGCAGAAAAUUGCAAUUUUUGAGAAGAAUGGUGGAAUGCAGGCUUUAAUUCAAUAUCCUGAUGUAACAACUGCGGCAGUUGCCAAAGGGUCUUUGGAGGGACACUGCAUCUAUGAAGGUGGUUAUUGUAAGCUUCAUCUGUCAUACUCUCGUCAUACUGAUCUGAAUGUAAAGGCACAUAAUGAUAGAAGCAGAGACUACACGAUCCCGGACUCAGGUAUACUCACGAUGCCCCAAGCUCCUGGAAUGCCAACAACUUCUGCUGCUGGUUGGCAGACUAAUCCCCAGGCUGCAUCUAUGUAUGUUGGUAAUGAGUAUGCAGUUGGUGCACAAGCACCAGUUCCCAAUGGGCAAAUUGCGACUUGGGAUCCUAGCAUGCAGGGAGGGGCCUAUGUCUCUCCAAGCACAUACCCAGGUCAAACAUUUGCACCACCCCCUGUUUCUCAAUACCCUACUUCGGCAGCUAUCUCUAAUGCUCCAGCUGAAUCACUUCGAGCUUCACAGUCGAUGCCUUCAUAUAGUAUGCCACCAAAUGCACAGCCACAUGCUGCAUCAGUAGGUCGGCCUCCGUAUUACCCUUCAUAAGCUGUAUGUUCCCUGGCAUCUUUCUGAAUCCAUCGCAUCUGUUACAAGUAUUCCAUGAGUCUUAUUCUCAUCAGUGAUCUGGUCGUACUUCAAAAUGACUGUUUUUACUGUAUGUUGCUGGUUUUCAUAACAGCUUCUCUAUGUAGCCUAGAAACAAAUUGCCCUAGUUAACUGUUGUCUCACCUAAAUUUGCCCCUUUUCCUGGAAAAUGUUGUUUCUUUGUGGUCGGCAUAUGGUAGCAAGUUACAUAUUACAUUAGCAAGUGCUUAGAUGGCCUUACAAGAGCUGGAACUCAACUUUGUAAUGAUCAUAUUCGAAGAAACUCAUGACUUGGAACCAAUGGCAUUCAAGCGAGCUUGCACUGCUUUUUCGUCGGUUUGCUUGCAAUGAGGGUACAUAGACCUCGAGGGCCCCAUUGUAAGCUCUCAAACUCCCUUUGAGAGUGCAGGAUCCAUGAAGAAAGCAUUGAGGGGUGCAUGUCUUGUCCCAUAGAUUAGGUGCUUCUCUUGUCUCCCUGUACCGAGUCGAAGGGCAUGUCGGUUGUUUAUGUAAUGACUGCACAGGAAUUUUAACCGGGGAUUUUAGUCA